UGUGUGCCUGCAAGACCCUUGGAACAGGGGCCCGUCUCCUGGGUGCCCCUAGGAGAGCCGAGCCAGGUCUCCCCUCCGCAUGCCACUCUCCCACCACAUAGCUGUUCUCUGAAUCCCCCUUUUCAUCCUCUCCCUCUUCCCUCCACCGUCCUCAUCUUCUUUCACCGCACUCCUCAUUCCUUCAUCCUCCCCUCUUCUGCGCUCCCCUCAUCCCUCUGCCCAUCUCCUUGCGCCUCCCUCUCCCGCUUUUAUUCUCCAUCCCGGUAUCUCCCCCCGUUCAUCUUUGUUCUCCUGCCCUGUCGUCCACCCCCUGCUUCUCCUCCUUCUCCUGCCGGUGUUCCCGUGCCUGGCGCCCAUUGGCUCCCGUUCCCCGGUGCCGGGGCCGCGCUCCCCGUGCCCGCGGACGGAGGGGGCUGCGUGGGGCAGGGACCCGCGCCCGUGGGGCCGCGCAUCGCCCCCGCCCCUCCCGGCCCGGCACGCCGGGGCCACGGGCGACUCCGGAGCCCGGGACUCGCUCCUCCGGCAGCGCCCGGCGGGGCUCGCUCCCUCCGGGAGCGCUUUGCUCCGCCGCGGUUGGGAAAGAGGAAGGGGGAAAGCAUGGCACGGAUUCUCCCGGGGAAGCGGAGGGAAAUGUGCAUCCCGACGACAUGUAAGUACCCGGCGGCUCUGCCCGCUCUUCCCGGAUGUCUCCCGCGGGCAUGAGUCCAUGCAGAAGUUAAGUCCGCAGUUCCAGAGAAGAAAACCUGCCGACCGGCCCCUGCUCCCGACCCUCCAACUCUGCCAGUCCAGCCUGGUCCUUGCGAGACAGCUCAAGCCCGAGCUCCAGAUUGCUAACUGAUCCUGCAAGGACACUGCCCCCUGCCCUCUUCCCUGCCUCUGCUAUGGACACUUCUGCUUUUAGCCUCCCCACGCCGGCAGUGUUGGAGGAGGGGAAUGCCUCCAGUGGCUGGGCAGGCUUCACUAUCCCCAACAGCUCCUCCACUGUCAGCCCUGGUGUAGUUGUCAGCGGUGUCCUCAUCCCCGUGGUCUACCUCAUUGUCUGUGUGGUGGGGCUGGCUGGGAACUCCCUGGUCAUUUACGUGGUCCUGCGGCACUCUGUGAGCGAGUCGGUGACCAACGUGUACAUCUUGAACCUGGCCCUGGCUGAUGAGCUCUUCAUGCUGGGCCUGCCCUUCCUGGCUGCACAAAAUGCCCUGUCCUACUGGCCAUUUGGUUCUUUCAUGUGCCGCCUGGUGAUGGCCGUGGAUGCCAUCAACCAGUUCACCAGCAUCUUCUGCCUGACGGUGAUGAGUGUUGACCGCUACCUGGCUGUGGUGCACCCCGGGAAGUCCUCCAAAUGGAGGACAGCACGGGUGGCCAAGGCCGUGAGUGUGACCGUGUGGGUGCUGUCUUCCAUAGUGGUGCUGCCCGUGGUUGUCUUCUCAGACGUCCCUUUAGGGAUGAGUACAUGCCACAUCCAGUGGCCAGAGCCUGCCUCGGUGUGGAGAGCUGGCUUCAUCGUCUACACUGCUACCCUGGGCUUCUUUGGACCACUGCUGGUGAUUUGUCUCUGCUAUCUCCUGAUUGUUGUGAAGGUUCGCUCCUCUGGCCGGCGGGUGAGGGCUCUGUCCUCCAAGCACAAGCUUUCAGAGCGCAGAGUGACCCGCAUGGUGGUGACUGUGGUGGCUGUCUUUGUCCUUUGCUGGCUUCCCUUCUACGUCCUCAACAUAAUCAAUGUUGUCUGCCCGCUGCCGGAGGAGCCAUCCCUCUUUGGGGUCUACUUCCUUGUGGUGGUGCUGCCGUAUGCCAACAGCUGCGCCAAUCCCAUCAUCUACGGCUUCCUCUCCUACCGCUUCAAGCAGGGCUUCCGCAGGGCCAUCUUCAGGCCGUCCCGCCGAGUCCAGAGCCAGGAGGAGCCAGCGUGCCCCCCUGAGAAGAUUGAUGACGAAAGGGAAGAGGGUGAGAUCAGCAAGAUCACCAGGAAUGGAAAUGACAGGCAGGAGCGCCCUCUAAGCAGUGGAGAAGGAAAAAGCAAUGAGCAAAAACCACUCCCUGAGGAGCCUGCGGGAUGUGAAAAGAGCAACAAGCUGCAUGUCAGUUGUUUAUGAUGAAAGGGGUGGUGCAGGGGAAAGAGACAUCGGGACUUGGGAUCCCCUUCACCUUCUCUGCUUUCAAAGGCAAUGGGAGGAUGAUACAAGGGAAUAAUAAAGUCCAAGAGUAGGCUCAAAAAUGAAUAGGGCACCAUGAUCUUGUGGAAGAAUCAAGGCAUUGUUCUUGGCUUUGGAAGAGACACCUGAGGUUUGUGUGGUAGCAGUGUUACCAGAAAUUGGUAAAAAAAUAAAACCUCCUUAACACUAA